UCCGGUUGUUACAGCGUUUGUUUGGUUCCGUUUGGAAGCGGGCCCCUGGCUCGCCCCUUUAACUUGGAAGAUGGAACCUUGUCAUGGGAUUAUGAAAGCUUUCCCCAAAGUUAAAAGGGCCCAAGUUUCUAAGGAAAAGGAUUCUCCUCCUGUAAAGAAGAAACCUGAUGAAUUUGAUGUGACAGGAAAUACAUUUAGAAGCACCUCAAUCUACAUCCUACCUUCUGGAAUCGGAAAUGCCAGAUGUCAAAUCUUCCAAAGGCAAAUUCAGCAGAAUGGAGGCCAGACAGAGAGGUCGUUGUGUGCAGGUGUCACGCAUGUUGUUGUUGAUGACAACAUGGAGUGCGACAGAGCUCUUCGGCUCCUCAAGGUGGAUGUAAUGCCCUCUGGAGUCCAUCUAGUGAAAUGCAGUUGGCUAAGCGGCUGUAUCAGUGAGAAACAACUCUUGGAUGAAUCAAGCUACAGCAUUGUUUUACCAAAGAGGGAUCCUGGUACUCCACAAGAAAAUAAUGCCCAUUUGUUGAAUGACAAACCCACGACUGAAAAUGCUGUAAAGUGUGAUCAAAUCAAGGAAGAAGAGAAAAUAGACACGAGCGGAGAAGACAGCAAAGGAGAUGUGCGAGGAGAAGACGACGGUGUCUCUCAGAGUCACCUGGAAGCUCUCAUGACUGGCCAGCACCCCAAAGACGAGACUCCCGGACCCAGCCUAGAUCCUGGUCACGAAACUGCCACUCAUACGGCGAUCUCGGGGAAGUGGGUCUGUGCGCAGUCUUCUCAGUCCAAGAGUAAUAACUUCAACAAACACAUCACAGACAAACUGGAGCUGCUGGCCAAGGCCUACACACACCAGGGGGACAAGUGGAGGGCGCUGGGCUACUCCAAAGCUGUUAAUGCACUGAAGAGCUAUCACAAGACGGUGACAUCGCAUCAGGAGGCAUGUCUUAUCCCAGGGAUUGGCAAGCGCAUGGCCGACAAAAUAGAUGAAAUUAUGGAAAGUGGUCACCUGCGCAAGCUAGAUCACAUUGGGGAGGCUGUGCCAGUAUUGGAGCUUUUCACAAACAUUUGGGGUGCAGGAGCAAAGACAGCACAACUGUGGUAUCAACAGGGAUUCCGCACAUUGGAGGACAUCCGCACAAAAGCCCACUUGAGCAACACUCAGAAGAUAGGACUCAAGCACUAUGAUGAUUUUCUGGACAGAAUGCCGAGGGAAGAAGCUGCAGCCAUUGAAAAAGUGGUGAGUGACGCUGCCCUGGAAAUAGAUUCCGGCCUGGUGGCAAUGGCAUGUGGCUCCUACCGCAGAGGAAAGACCACAUGUGGAGAUGUUGAUGUUCUAAUAUCACACCCUGAUGGAAAGUCCCACAGGGGUAUUUUCAGCAAAGUGCUUCAGAGCCUCCAUGACAGUGGCUUUUUGACGGAUGACCUGGUGAGCCACGAGGAGAACGGAGAGCAGAAGAAAUACAUGGGCGUGUGUCGUCUGCCAGGACCACAGCAACGCCAUCGUAGGCUGGAUGUCAUUGUGGUGCCCUACAAGGAGUUUGCCUGUGCUCUCAUGUAUUUUACAGGCUCUGCACACUUUAAUCGCUCAAUGAGGGCCCUGGCGAAAACAAAACAUAUGAGCUUGUCAGAGCAUUCACUUAAUAAAAGUGUAGUACGUCAAGGUAGCGCCAAGGUGCAUGCCGGCACUCCUGUGCCUACGCUUACAGAGAACGAUGUUUUUCAUCUUUUGGGGAUACCAUACAGACAGCCUUGUGAAAGGGACUGGUGAUGCCUUGCACAAUUCCUGACAAUUACAAUACCUUGCGCUUUUUAAUUUAAGACAUUUUAACUCUCUUCACACCAGACUGACUUGAAUGUUGACAUUAUCCGAGCUCCACCUAUGUGUCACCUGACUCUCGCGGAUUCGUCUGUGUUUCUGCAAUACUUCCUUCAGAAGGUUUACUACUCUAAUAGUAAAUCAACAUGCACGUAUAGCGUUUUUUAUAUGCACACUAUUUUACUGAUACAGUGAACUAAUGAACUAAAGCUCAAACCAUGGAACCUGUCAGUAAUAAAAUUUAUUAAGCAGUAAAUGUUUGUAACUCCCUUUUAUCCCCAUAAAGUGACUUUUUCUAAUCCCUUGGACAUAAAAAGUGUUGUACAUUAGAAUACGAGUACCGUAUACGGCAAAAGGGUUCAUGUUACUUGAUUUCAAAUAACGUGUGUAUAUGACACUUCCUGCCAAAUAAUGCUUUGUAAAGAUAAUCGUGUGAAUGUGUAAAAGUGAUGUCCGUCAUUAGGACUUCACCAUGGCUGCCCUCUAAUUGACCCCUUGACCAUUUGAGGCUUGUGAUGCUUGUCAAACACAUUACUGCUACUGUUGCCAGGCAACACCCCUUCCUGCACCCCCUUGACUUGUCUGAAGUGCAUUCAAGUUGUCCUGUGACACUGGUACUGUUUGGGCUUAGAGAACCACACUAGUGAAGGAACUUGAAGGUUUUCACCCUCUCCACCUCAGUCUCACCAAUAAACAGGGGUCUAUGCGGCUCCUUUUCCCUUGUU